AUGGGUAAAACAAAUUUAUCAACCUUAGAUGGGACCCUUAAAAGGGUCCACACCGAAGUUUCGGACUUCUUGUCUUCGGACGAGGAAUCCAUGAAAUCUAAAACAAAUGUGAAGAAAUCCAAAGUGAUUUCUUCACAACAUUGGCCAAGGUUUCUCGUCAUCAGUUCCACUGAUGAUGGGGCCUUGAAUAAACUUUCACCUUUUGCUAUUCAAAAGGCAAUUGUUGGCUUGGCUGGUGAGCCAAAAUCUGUUAAGAAAAUUAAGAAUGGGCUGUUGGUUGAGUGUUUAACCGAAAAACAUUCAACUUGCCUUCUCAAGUCGACAGUUUUUUGCAAUGUGCCGAUUAAGGUAACUCCUCAUACCUCCCUCAACUCGUCAAAGGGAGUGAACAGAUGCAGAGAUCUGGCAGGAGUAAGUGAGGAAGAAAUAUGCCAAAAUUUAAGUCCGCAGGGUGUUACUGCUGUGAGGAGGAUAAAGGUUCGUCGAAACAAUGAUUUGUUACCGACGAAUACUUGUAUCCUCACCUUUAACGUCCCUACCCUUCCCCAGUCUGUCAAAGCGGGUUACCUUAAUAUCCCUGUUGAGCCCUUUAUUCCAAACCCCUUGCGUUGCUUCAAAUGCCAGAGGUUUGGCCAUGGUCAGAACACAUGUAGUGGCAAACUUACAUGUGCUCUUUUAGACCAUGACAGCAAGACAUGCAAGAACGAUGUACUUUGUCUCAACUGCAAGGGCAACCACUGUGCAUACUCUCGAGAGUGUCCACGGUGGAAACUGGAAAAACGAGUUCAGCAGGUAAAGGUACAAAAUAAAAUAACCUUCAUGGAUGCCAGGAGGUUGGUGGAGACCGCAACACCGACAGUCGCCACUAAAAGUGUUGCAGUCAACACAGACCUCACCUGGCACUGUGACGAAGCCAAGUACAAAAAACUGUCUGACAUUGAGAAGGCACAAAAACAAGUGCAGAAAAAAGCACAAAAAGAAAAGUCACUGUCCAACACAAGGAAAUUGAAACCCAAGUGUCAUUGGAUUCUAAGAAUCCCCCAAAUAGGUCGAGCACUAGUCUCCCUAAGACAGGCAGUGACACAAAGAAAUCUCCAAAGAAAGCUACAGAAGUACUGUCUGGUAGGCUGA